AUGGCUAAAGGGGCCCUGGCUGGCAGCCAAGAUGCUGGCAGGGUGCUGGGCCUGGAAGAGGGGGUGCUCUGCCAGCUGGUUCACUCUCCAGAUUACAACCUUUUCCCUGACUCGGCUGUGUUUGAGAGCAACUUCAUCCAGGUCACAAAGAAGGGGAAAUGGGUAGACAUCACCAACACGCCCACCAUCGUGAUCAUGGGCGUGACCUCCUCUGACCCCUGCCUCCCACUCCCCAAUGUUCUGCUGAUGGCCAGGCAACGGAUGCCCGUGAUGAGGGGCAACAGCGAGGCUCCAAGGCGGCCGGUUAUAGACCUGACCAGGCUGCUCCCCCUCCGCUACGUCCGGCUGUCUGUUCAUGAUCCCGUCCAGCGCAUCUUACGGGUUCAGACGGUGAGCAGGAAAGUCUAUUACCUGCAGCUGCACCACGAGUAUCCCUACGGUGUCUUCGCCCUCUGGAGCCGCCUGGCAGAGAUCUUGCAGCGGGGGCUCUCCAUCACCACCAAGGACCCCUCCAUCCGCAUCCGGCACAGCCUGGUCCCCAGCGGCGGAAGCAGCCCCUCGGGCAGCAGCUCCUCUGCAGAGAGUGUGAUGCGGCUGGUCGGGAAGAAGAUGUCCGGUGUCCUCUCCCAAAUCUCAGGAGCACCGCUGAGGAGGAAUGAGAGGCGAAGAAGGGUGUCAUUUCAGGGAGAUGUCCUGGAGGAAGUGUCCGCCCUGUCCAAUGACAUUAAAGUUCUGUUCUACGACAUGCCUCCAUCCCUGGUGUGCGCACGGUGCAAAGGGCGGCUGCCCAGGGCCCACCUGAGGCGCGGUGGCGAACCCAGGUCCAGCGAUUCGGAUUUUGACCUUCUGCCCUGGUUGGAAGGAAGAAGCCCCGGGAUGUGGCAGCAAGAGACGCCUUCCUGGCUGCAGCCUCUUUGCCGCCUCAGCAGCCUGGCUGCUGCGGGCUGGAAGUAG